UAAAACGACCCUUUCCUCGCGUGUCCCUUUGCGCCCCUCUCACGCCGAAAAAACGACUUUUAGAAAGUGUAUAGCCUACUCAUUUACUUAUUGAAUCAUUGUAAAUACAAAUAAUUUGUUUGUAAACAACACAUUUUUACUCAAUUUGUUAAAUACUACAAUGAACGAUUGGUCGAACCUUCAAGUGAAUAGAAUUUGUCGUAUUUGUUUAAACGAAAACGAAGAAAUGCAACACCUAUUUGAAGAGUGUUUGUCAGAAAAAUUAAAAGAGUUAGCAGCAAUUGAGAUUGAAGAAAAUGACGGUUUACCCAACCUGCUUUGCAAGAUCUGCCUCCAUGAAGUCAACCGUUGGUACUCCUUCAAACUCCAAGUGGUUAAAAGCGAUGCAACGUUACGUUGUAUCCAAAAAGAACGUGAAAGUAUCAAGUACAAUACAAAUAAUGAAAACAAAGCCGACUCUUUACGUCACGCUAAAAAAUUGCAUGAUUUAAAUUAUGACCCAAGCUCAGAUUAUGACAUACAUGAAGCUGAAGACACCUACCAAAGUGACCUGAAAGCAAUAUCCAAACCUCAACUAUUCCAAUGUGACAUUUGCAAGAAACAAGUCAAAACGAUUCAUUCCUUGCGCCGCCAUAUGAAGAUCCACAGUGGAGUCAAGCCCCAUAUUUGUAACAUCUGCGGGAAAAGCUUCAUAGAGCCCGGCAAUUUGACAAAACACUCUCGUAGGCACACGAAAGACAAGAAACACCAAUGCAAUGAAUGCGGAUUGCGAUUUUACGAACGCAACAAACUUACAAUUCACAUUAGGACUCAUACUGGCGAAAAGCCCUACUCUUGUGAGGUUUGCUCUCGGGCUUUUGCCACUCCCGCCCAAGUACAAAUUCACAUGAAAACUCACACUGGAGACAAACCUUACACUUGCGAUGUCUGUCAGAAAUCCUUUCCCUACAGUGGCUCCUUAGAAACUCACAAGAAGAUCCACAGGGGUGAAAGGUCGUUUAUUUGCCCCGAUUGUGGCCGGUCAUUCUCCCAAAAAGUUAAUCUUGACAGCCAUAUAAGGACGAGACACACUCAUGAAUGUCCCUUCAUGUGUAAUGAUUGCGGAAAGGCUUAUCCCACCAAAGACCAGUUGAAAAAUCAUCUCAGACACCACACGGGCGAAAAACGACCGUUGAAACACACGUGUAAUGUUUGCGAGAAGAGUUUUAGGACUCCGGCAGAGUUGAGAAUACAUAUGAGGACUCACACUGAUGAAAGGCCGUACCAGUGCGAUUUGUGUGGGAAGAAGUUCAAAGCAUCGUCACAUAUGACCUCGCACAGAAGGAUACAUACAGGGGAGAGAAAUCACUGUUGCAUGUAUUGUGGCAAGGCCUUUAGGGAAUCUUCAACUUUAAAAAUACAUGUAAGGAUACAUACAGGGGAAAGGCCCUAUACUUGCAGUAUUUGUGGGAUGAGUUUCACGCAAAGCAAUACUCUUAAUACGCAUAUGAAAGUGCACGCGCCAACUACAGGUUGAAUUUUUAUUUUGGUUGCAAAAGUGUGUAAUACGGUGAAUACAUUACUUUUUCUACUGGGAAAAUAUGGUAAGAACAGUUUCAAAGUGGUGACCCAUUCAAAAAAAACAUUUUAUCUCAGUUCUAUUGUAAACAAACUAUAAGAAUAAUUAAGGAUGAAAAACAUAAUUUUUUAUCAAAAAAAGUUCCUUCUAUCAAAGAAUUUCAGGAGAUAUUAUGCAAGUAUGCUAGAACUAGAGCAAUUAUUCACCUUUUGAUAUUUUAAAAUAUUUCACUAGACAUUGAACUACUUUUUAGAUUCUCUUUGUGCAUUUUUGCAAGAAAAGUAUUUUAUUAUUAUUUAUUACAUA